AUGGCUUCACGGGGCAGCCUCUUUGGAAGUUCUAAUUCAAGUAUUGGAUCAUCUGUUGCAUUCUACCUCACUGUUCCUGGCUUUGAGGCUUUUCAUCACCUUAUUUCCAUCCCCUUCUGUGUGCUAUAUUUGAUCGGAAUUGUGGGAAACAGCACAAUUCUGCAUGUCAUUCACACUGAUAAGAGUCUCCAUGAGCCCAUGUACUACUUUCUAUCCAUGCUGGCCCUCAUUGACAUGGGCAUGUCUCUUUCUACCCUACCCACAGUGCUGAGAGUUCUUUGGUUUGAUGCUAGGGAGAUUGAGAUGAAUACAUGUAUAGUUCAGAUGUAUUUUAUUCACACCUUUUCUCUGAUGGAGUCAGCUAUGCUCCUAGCCAUGGCAUUUGACCGGUAUGUUGCCAUUUGUGACCCUUUGAGAUAUUCUAGCAAACUUACUCCAAAGCGCAUAGUUUAUAUAGGCAUCAUCACUGUUAUCAGAUGCUCUAUUGUUGCUCCUGUAGUCAUUGCUCGUAUUCCUACAUUUUCUUUCUGCCGCUCCCAUGUUCUCUCCCACUCUUUUUGCCUGCAUCCAGAUGUCAUCAGGUUGGCCUGUUCUGAUAUUUCUUUCAAUGUUCUGUAUGGCGUAUUUAUUAUUGUUUCUUAUUGGGGUGUAGAUUCCUUAGGAAUCUUCAUAUCUUAUGCCUUUAUCCUCCGCUCUGUGUUAGGCAUUGCAUCUGAGGGAGGCAAGCUCAAAGCCCUUAACACAUGUGUUUCUCACAUUUGUGCUGUGCUCAUUCUAUAUGUACCAAUGAUAGGGCUAUCUCUAGUACAUCGCUAUGCAAAGCAUUCCUCCCCCAUUAUUCACAUAACUAUGGCCAACAUUUACCUGCUUGUCCCACCUGUACUAAACCCAAUUAUUUAUAGCAUCAAGACAAAGAAGAUCCGCCAAGGUUUCCUCAGGAUAUUAUCAGGCAAAAAAAUUGGACUUACUCACACUUAG